GAUACAACACAACAGAAAAGGCAGCUCGAUAGUGCGCGAAGCGUAAACAAACGAUUAGAAAGAACCAGUUAGUUCAAUUUUCUAUGGUUAAAUACUUCAGUAAUCCAAACUUUUGUGGAAAUGUCGGACGCCGAAAUGGAAAUUGUACCGGAAGGAAAGGACGAUCCUAAAACCGCGACCGAUGGUGACGACGCUACAGCAUUGAAAACCGGUCGGUCCAGUAAUGUGGAAGGCGAUGAUGCUGAUUCGGCAGACGGUUCCAGCGAUGAAAUGGAACAGGACGAGGAAGACUCCGAUGAGGACGAUGAUGAUUAUGACGCCGGAGAAGAGGCCUAUCAAAUUAAGCAGUACCUGGAACUACUGGGAAAGAUUCAGGAAGACAAGUACAACUACGAUCUGUAUGUGCAGCUGUUGGAUCUUGCUCACAAAAUGACCGAUUUGGAAAAGAUUCGUCAGAGUGCAGAAAUUUUCGCGGCCAUGUAUCCACUUUCGCCGGAGAUUUGGUUGCGCUGGUUGCGUAUUGAAGUGGCGCUGGCUUCCUCGCCGGAUCAGCUAAAGCAGGUGGAUCAGCUGUUUCGGAGAGCUCUGGGAGAUUACUACUCGGUCGAGGUGGCCACGGAAUAUGCAGCUCUGGCGGCCAAAGGGGACCGGGAAUUGGCUGAGCAAAUUUGGGAUGUCCUCAUCCCGACCUAUGGCUUGCACACGACCAAGGGUCGCAACGUAUUUGAAGCUUAUCGGGAAGAUUUCCUAGCCAAAAAUGGAGAGACCUCAAAGGAAAUUAAUCGUUUGGCUCGGAUUUACGAGCAGGAACUGAAGAUUCCGUUGAAAAACAUGGAAGACUCCUACAUUGAGUACAAACUGCUGUGCGAAAAGUACAAAGAUACGUUGGAAGAUUUGAAUCCGGAAAAGUUUGAACGGCGCUAUAAGCAGGCGAAGGAAUUGCUCCAGCGGAUGAUACCCUUCGAGAAUCGGUUGGUGGCUUUGGAGCCACAUUGUCAUCAGGAGAGGGCUGAACUUUACCGGGAGUACAUUAAGGAGUGUCGAUCGUUGUUGGGCGAAGAUGAGAUGCAGGUUCUUUACGAGCGAUCUGUCGCGGACUGCUGUUUGGAUCCGAGCGUAUGGUGUGAUUACUUGAAGUAUUUGGAUCGGUAUCCACCGGAUGUCGAAGAGCUUCCUACUUCGCCGGUAUUUUCUCAAACGACGCUCGAUGUUGUAAAUCGGGCAUUGAGAAACUGCCCCUGGAGUGCGGAGUUGUACGUUGAGAAGUUAAGAAUUGUGGAACGAGAGAAAGGAACGCGGGAAGAUAUUCUGAAGAUUAUGGAAGAGGUUGCUACGGUGGAGUUUCAGGCUCCGGAACCAGCAGUAAAAGUAUGGCUGGAGUAUUUGACGUAUUUGAGAAGGCAUGCCAAUUUUGAGGACGAAAAAGAGCGUGAUAUAUUGCGAUCGAAUUUCGAGCUAGCGUGGAAUCAGCUGGGUCGCACCUGGGGAGAUUCAGCGGAUCCAGAAUGUAAGAUAUUGCAGUUUUGGGGUCGCUUAGAGUAUGGAGCCUUGGCUGAUCCCUUGAGAGGACGAGAUUUGUGGCAAAGUGUGAUGGAUAGCUCUGAUAACUCGAAGAGAGUUGGUUUGUGGAUUGAAUGGGCUGAGCUAGAAGCUAAACGAGGAAUGGAUGCGGUUCGUAAAUUGUUCCGCAAAGCUAUCAAUUCUGUAGAUUUAAACGACCCGGAAACUUUGGCGGCAGCUUGGAUGAGAUUCGAAAGAUGUAAUGGAUCUCUGGAACAGUUGACUUCCUGUCAGGAGAUUUGUUUGUCCACAAUUCAAGCAUAUUACAAGUCGCUCAAUUAUCAGCAGAGAGCUCUGAAAGGUCGUAAAUCUGAUCCUAAGAAAGAAACAGAUGCAGAUGAAUCAAGCAAAAAGAAAAACCUUAAACGAGUUCACGACCAACAAUGCCCAGUUGAAAAACGAGAAGAUGUAUUUAAGAAACCAUCUGUUCAAGUUGGGCCAGCCAUUUCCAGACCAAAGGAAACUACCUUAGAAGAAACUACCAAACGAAUUAAAUUGGAAGAAACUACAACUGAGGAAUCAACCAGCGAUAGUAAUCGAGUUUUCUUCAGCAAUCUGAGUUUCGAAGUGACUGAAGACGACAUCCGUAAAAACUUUCCAGAACUAAAAUUCAAAUCUAUCGAACUCGUUCAAGGUUCCAGUGGAAAAAGUCGAGGAUUUGGCUAUGUUGAGUUUGAAACCAGUCAGGAUGUUCAGAAAGCGCUGACCUUCGAUCGACGACCGUUAGACGGGAGACCAGUUUUCAUUUCGCCUCUGGCGCGAGACAAAUCCAAUCGACCGAACAAGUUUAAAUACUCGGAAAGCUUCGAACCGAAUAAGUUGUUUAUCAAGGGACUACCCUUCGAGGCCGGAAACGAGGAUGUUCGCAAACUUUUCGAACGUUUCGGUAAGCUGAAAGACGUUCGGGUGGUGUUUUAUCGAAGUGGUAAGUCCAAAGGGCUUGCUUAUGUCGAAUUUGAAAACGAAUCCGCUGCCAAAAGUGCCGUCAUGGCCAUGGAUCAGUACGAGAUGAACGGUUUCACUCUUUCGGUGGCUCUAUCAGCGCCACCGCCUAGAGGAAAUCCGACAGCUGAAAAUUCCACUUCCAAUCCAGAACCUGGUACUAGUUUGGGUGGCGGAAAACGUCACCUUGUUAAAGGAGACGUAAAACAAAAACUGUCCACUAUGAUACCAACAGCCCUUCUGAGAAAAACAGCCGCUACCGCCCCAAAACCUGGGAGCAGCUCUGUGAGCAACAAACCUAAAUCCAACGAAGAUUUCCGGAAGCUUCUUCUGAAGUAACUUUCAAUCAUUCUUUUUCUAUAUACCAUGUGUGUUGUACUUUGAUGUUUCUGUUAAAAGAGUGUUACCCCACAAUGAAGAUUCUUUUUUGUUCCAACGACACACCAACUUAUCCAUGUUACUAAAUAUAAGCUUAUAUUUGUGUUUUGUUAAAAUUCACAAAGAGAAAAACUAUACUUACAUGAAAAGUAACAAUAAAGAAAACUCGUUUAUCACA